CACUAUACCAUGACAUAAAAUUAGCGACAAACAUUUGUCGGUAAAAAUAGGCUUUUGGCGACAGCCAGUCUGUCGCAACAUAAUACCAUCACAGCAUCCGUCGGCAUAUAGUAUUUUGGUGUCAAACAAACUGUCGGCAAAAAUUUGUAGCUAUUGUGAUAGACUAUCUGUCGGUAUAAAUAAUUAUUCGUGACACAACAUCUGUCGGAAACAAACUGCUAGGACUUAAUUAAAAAAAGACCAACAUGCAUGUCAUCCUCUCCUGCGCGGUCGGGUACCCGUAAGAAAAAUUCCCAUCGCGUGUGCCUGCGCAGGAGCCGCCGCCGCGCCUUAUACCCUAGACGCCGCCGCCGCCGACGUCCGGCCUGCGCUCCCUCACCCGCGCGCGGUCGCGCCCGGCCUCCGUUGCCCUCCGUCGAGCAGCAGCCGCCAGUCCACCACUGCCUCACGCCCUUCGUCGAGCACGGCCAAUAAUCCACUUCGUCCCCUCCUGCUGCUGAUCCCCUUCGUCGAGCACGGCCAAGGUUGGUUUCCCUUCUUGCCCCUGCCUCCAUUUCUCUCGUCUGUGGUUGCUGAUGGUGUAGCCCAACACGUUAAGCCGUGAUCUAUACAUAAUUACCUGAAGUAGUAUUCGUUGGCACGAGCGUUUCGAUGUCGAAGCUCUGCACGACGGAGACGAUGACGGACUUCAUCUCCAUGAUGGCGAGCUCUCUGCUGAGCAGACGUGCACGCCGCCCUGGAAGAUUGGGUACCCGUAGGGACUCGAUCUCGGGCUCGAACGCCGUCAUGGAGCCAGGGUCCAGCCAAUCGGGGCCUCACAUGGCUUCUGGUAAUUAAUGUUAAGUGGAUUUAGUGUGUAACUUGACUCUUAUCUCUCGGUUAGUCCUAAUUCCUAAAAGCAUAUCGGUAUUUUUUUGGUUCAUGAUUACUAUGAUUUGAAAUCAACACACCCAAAAUGCUUCAUUAGCAAUUUACUGAAGGAUGACAGAGCACGUAGGUUUAGCCGUCAGUUCAACUUUCUAGGGUACUGUAUCGAAUAUUGAAGAUCAGUGAACCACAAAUGUCCAAGUACGAAGAAUUUCAGUAAGAUGUUACUUCAGUGUUGAUGGAUUCUUCUAGUGAAAUGAUUACAAAAAUGAUAUGGAGUUACUUGAUAGUUGAUACUGAUAUUUGCUCUGAAUGCAUGGCAUUUUGUGAUGAUUUUACUGUGGUCAGGGUACAAUAUUUUUUGAACUUUAGCUAGUCCCUUAAAUUAAUAUAGUAAUUGUUCUCAUUAGUGCUGCAAAGGUCAUAAACCCUUCGAUCUGCCCGUAGACAAUGCAACUGUCGAAGGAUUUAGCAAAUUCAGAUAAAAAAGAACUACUGAACCAAGAUAUCCGCACCUUAGUGUUAUUAUUAUUGUGUGUUCUAUUGUUUUAGCCAUCCACCUGUGUCUUACUAUCAUUAUUUUAUUUAAAAUUUUAUAUACAUUUUAUUUUUAAAACAAAAUUAAAUCGAUAUGCUUUUAAUCACAGGAGAAGGGGACGGUGGCGAGUCGCAAGCGGCCGACUGCCACCAUCGAGGAGUAGUGUGGGCAGGCUGCCGGCGAGGGCAAGUGUGCGCGACUACCGCGAGGACGAGUGCGGGCGGGCUGCUACAGAUUCUUGGAUCACAUCCAUUGGAGGAAAGUUUGUAAGAGGAAGAGGAAUGGGUAAAGAAACAGAGGUCAAUGAAUAUGAACUACAAAGGGCUGCCAACAUAAAAGAAAAUUUGAAGAGGACAAGGACAUUAGCAGCUUCAACUAAUGGACCUACUUUGCGAUCAAGGACUGAAAGGGAUAUUGUUGAUGAAGAAUCUGAAAAUAGUUACGAAGAAUCUGACAAUCCCAUCAAUGAUGAAGAGCAACCUAUUGGGCAUCAAAAUAUAAGGAAAGGAAGGGGCCCAACCUUAAAGAAGAACAUAUAUUCAAGUAGUGGUGGGCCUAAAAUCUGCAUUACCCUUAAUGAAUAUGGACAACCAGUUGGUAGGAACAGCAAAGAGUUUGGUAAUUUCAUAGGAACUUUGGUGAGGAAAAAUAUCCCUGUUUCUUGUGAGGAUUGGAGACUAGUUGAUUCUAAAAAGAAGUUUGAGUUAUGGACAAAAGUGAAGGAAUACUAUGAAAUGGAUGAAUCUGGUAUAGAUUAUGUUAUAACAUCUGCAGCAAAAAAGUGGAGAGAGUUUAAGGCUGACCUAAAGAACAAAUAUUUUGAUGAAACAUUGAGUUUUGAAGAGCUUAUUGCUAAAAGGGAUGAAAGGGUGAAAGAAUCUGAUUGGGAGUGGUUGAUAACUUAUUGGAUGUCUCCAGAAGCCGAGGUUCAUUCAAAUAGAGGUAAAGAUAACCGUUCAAAGCUGACUAUGUCGCAUGCAGCUGGCAGCAAGAGUUAUGCUCGUGUGGGUCAUGAACUGGCCGAGCAACAAGGACGCCCUGCGAGAAGAGAUGAAAUAUAUGUUAGAACACACACGCGUAAGAACAAAGAAGGGGAUAUUGUGCCUCUACCUGGAGCAGAAAUAUUCAUUAAUAAAUUUGAAGAAGCUGUUGCUGAGAACCCAGAACUGAAGGACAGAAGUAUUGAAGAUGGUGAUUUAUAUGCACAUGUUUUUGGAGAGAAAGAACCAAGAGGUCGUAUUCGUGGUUUAGGCAUAGGACCAACUCCACAAGAUGUAGGCACCCCUGGAACUCAAAUGAAAAUAUCAACAAAGCUUCAAAUGGCAUUGCAAGCUCGCAGUCAGUCUGAGCAAGAGGUUAGAGCCUUAAGACAGGAUAUGAAUCAAAUGAAAGAAAAAAUGGAUCAAAUUUAUCAAAUGAUGGUAGCAGCUCAAGGGGUGCAACAUAUAGAAAGCCCAUCACAACAUGGGUCUAAUUCUCGACAGAACUCAAGGGUGCAUCGUUCAGAUGAGGUAGCACAUGAUUACAAUGGUAAUAACCAUUCACAAAAUAUGGUUGAAGAUGACUUCCAACUUACUAGGCGAGUUGCAAGCACUAUGGGUCGUCUAAGGAAUCGUGAAGAUGUUAAUACUAUUGAAGAGCAAAGUCACAGGCGAGACAUUGCAACAAUGGUACCUCAAAGAAAUCAUGGAUCAUCUCAAAAUGCAGAUGAUAAUCCUGUUGGUAAAGAAGUGAUAUUAUAUUCUAUGAUGAGAUCAGAAGUUCCUGUUGCAAUAGCAAAUAUUAUCUCAACCGACCCAACCACUAAGGUGGGAGAUGUUCCUCUUGGAAGAGAGUUCACACAGGUUUUUGUGACUCGCGUGCUAAAAAGGGAAAGUACUCUGCCACGACCAUACUUAGGUGUAGAGAGUAUGGGAUAUGCUCUUUUUAUGCCCAUUGCAUGGCCAACAAACAAGAUGGGUCGUAACAAAAAAUCAACGUUGACCCAAGGUUCUACAGCAGCAGAACUUAUUCGGUGAUCUUUUGGCCCAUCUUUGCUGAUACCGACAUAGUACACAUGCUGCUGUUGUCAAGGGAAGAGGUGCUGGAAGCAAGGAUCAGAGUGCUUGAAGUGUGUGAAAAAUGAUUACUCGCAUGCAUGCUAGCCGUUGGCGUAACACCAAGCUGAUGGAGAGAUUUUAGUUUGCUAGAUGAAUCUUUAGACUUUGCAUGUAAUAGAACUGAAAGAUCAAUUCAGAAUUUAGAAAACAUGUAUGCUAUUAUUUUUAUUUGUUCAUCACACAAAUUGUGUUCCAAAACAAUAUAUGUUGGAAUUCAAAAUCAAAGAUUGGUAUCUUUUUUUAUAAUCAAAUUUCAUAUAUUUUGAGCUACAUA